AUGGAUAUUGAAAACCAAUCAUCAACCUGUGGAAUGGGAGCUUCCCAUUCUUCCCCUCCCUCGCCACCGCUUCUGGUGGAUGAAGAACAGCAAACUACCGCCUCCUCCACCACCCGUAAAUGCUCCAAGAAACUUGCUUUAAUCCCGCUAAUCUUUUUAAUCUAUUUUGAGGUUGCUGGUGGCCCUUAUGGUGAAGAGGCUGCCGUGGGUUCUGCAGGGCCUCUUUUUGCAAUUCUCGGAUUCCUUAUCUUCCCAUUCAUAUGGAGCAUCCCCGAAGCUCUUGUGACUGCUGAACUUGCCACUACUUAUCCAGGGAAUGGAGGUUUUGUCAUAUGGGCACACAAGGCAUUUGGUCCCUUCUGGGGAUCCUUAAUGGGUUCUUGGAAAUUUCUUAGCGGUGUUAUCAAUUUAGCUUCAUAUCCUGUUCUUUGCAUAGAUUAUCUCAAACUUGUUUUUCCAAUACUCUCUUCUGGUGUUCCCAGGAGUCUGGCAAUAUUUUUUGCUACUAUAUUCCUGUCGUUUCUCAAUUAUACAGGUGUAGCAAUAGUUGGUUACACUGCUGUGUGUUUGGGCCUUGUUUCACUUUCUCCUUUUGUUGUACUUAGUUUUGCUUCAAUUCCCAAGAUUCAUCCUAAAAGGUGGAUCAGUUUAGGUCAGCAGGGUGUCAAAAGGGAUUGGAAAUUGUUUUUCAAUACACUUUUUUGGAACCUUAAUUUUUGGGACAAUGCCAGUACUUUAGCUGGUGAAGUAGACCAGCCCCAGAAAACAUUCCCAAGAGCACUACUUUUAGCUGGGAUUCUCACAAGUUUGAGUUACAUAGUCCCCCUUUUGGCUGCAACUGGAGCUACUAAUUUGGACCAAUCAAAAUGGGUGAAUGGCUAUUUUGCAGAUUUGGCUGUUAUCAUUGCUGGCAACUGGUUAAAAUAUUGGAUAGAAAUUGGUGCAGUUUUAUCUGGGAUUGGACUAUAUGAGGCUCAGUUGAGCAGCUGUGCUUAUCAAAUUCUUGGUAUGGCUAAUAUAGGAGUUUUACCUAAGUUUUUCGGGUUGAGGGCGAAGUGUUUCAACACACCUUGGCUCGGUAUUCUGCUAUCCACAUCGAUCGUGGUGGCAGUUUCGUUCAUGAAUUUUACCGAUAUUAUAGCCUCAGUAAAUUUCUUGUAUAGUCUUGGAAUGCUGUUGGAAUUUGCUUCAUUUUUAUGGUUAAGGAGGAAGAUGCAGAAGGCAAAGAGGCCAUAUAAAGUUCCAUUGCCAUUGCCAGGACUGAUCAUAAUGUGCUUGGUACCAUCUGGAUUUCUGAUAUAUAUAAUGGUAGCUGCCAAUAAAAUUGUCUACUUGGUCAGUGCUUUGCUCACAGUGCUUGGCAUUGGGUGGUACUUCUUGAUGAAGCUAUGCAGAUCAAAGAAGUGGAUUGAGUUUGAAAAUUAUGUUGACAAGGAUGAGAAUUAA